CAGGGCUCGGGGAGCAGUGAUGGGGAGUUCAGGGUUCAGUGGUGAUUAAAGAGAAAGAUGUUGUUCACCUUCACUUGAAGCUGAGGUUUCAGUUAUUGUGAGAACUGUUGAUUGUUGGGGACCAGUCACACAAUGGCACUGAUCCCAACACCAGACACAGUCAGUGACACCGAGGACAGGAAAUCUUACAAAGCUGAGGUUGAACAGAGGAAGGAGGAUUUGAAAGAUUUUGUCACCUUGUUCCCUAUGUGGAGAGUGUGGAUGAUCAGCUACAUCAGAGACCUACGAGAGAUCGCAGACAGCAUUUACUCGAUUCACAAACCUGGCCCGAGAGUGGGAGUCGGCCAGAGUGUGGCUGGUGGGGCUGACAACACUGCAGCUUUUGACACGGACACUGUAACCCAAACACUGAGACAGAAAAGGGUUAAUGAUAUCAGGGAACAAUAUACAAAGGACAGCAGAGAAAUGGCAGAGUGUUACACAAAACUCUCACGAGCAGUUCGGAUCUUGAAGCAAUAUAGUAAGAAAUCAGAUAUUACAUUUCCUGGUGGAGCUGAGAGUCUCACUGAACACUUGGCUGUAUUUGCUGCUGUGGCUGAAACAAUAAGCAAACAGGUGUCAGUGACAUCCAGGGCCGGGUCAGCAGCUCAGACAGGAUUAUUUAUUGCAUCGGAUCUGAUCUCCAGAGUAAACGAUGUUCAUAAUCUCAACUGUGGAGCCAGGGCAGAUGCUGCUAAACAUAUUCACGGUGUGGCUGAAGUGAUGGAGAAUGAAGUGAUGGCGUAUGAAGAGAUUUAUAAACAUCUGGAAGACACAGUCAGCGCCACUAAGGACAGUGCCGGCAUGGCCACGGUGGUGGAGAUGGGCCUGAGGGCCCGUGGCUCCCACACGGAGCUGUGUGGCUCCCGAGCCAGUGGGCCUCGCUCCACAGAGCGUGGCACGAUGGAGGGGAAGAGCAGGUGA